AUAUGGGUUUGUGUGAAGUGGCUGAAAUUUUGAAGUCCUGUUUUUGUGUGUUUAAGUGUGAUUUAUUGCUGCAGAGUCAAUUGAGCGGAAGAGCCCCUCUCACACACUCUUUUUUUGCUCUGCUCUCUGCCUCUCCCAAAAUGUAAUACCAUUUAUUUUUAUUUAAUUUCUUUAAUCCUGACGUCUACACAUCAUUAAUGUGAUUCCUCGUGUUAUUAACAUCCUUGGUAAAUGUGCCAUUGACUGUUUUUGAAUUAAAAAAAAGUAUCUUCACUUAAACAACUUAAAACCCUGAGAGGGGUCUGAUGCGCAGGUACUUCUACAAGCGUCACACAUAUGCAACAAUCAUUAUCUCGACUGCGUGGUGUUUAAGCAGCGCGCACAGGCGGCUGGGGGAACAAGAGUCCGCGCUAGUGGUAUGCCACAGGCUUUACGCAGCCAGGGAGGCGGAGUUCAGCACGGGGGUUUUCAAGUGAAACUUCAAGUGACAGCUCAGUGUGUGUUUGCUAGGCUGUGUGCAGCGCUGACAGAAGUAAGUGCGGAAACACCGCCGACGAGAAUGCGAGAAGUUUCAACCUGUCUCUGCUUACCUUCUAAGGAAUGACAAUGGAACUAAACGCACCACGACGCUGUGAUUCCCAGGCACUUAUGAAAUGUGAAAGAGAAUUCCACCCAAAGAGAGAGUUCGACAGGAAUGCUGUUUGAAACGUGCAUAAACUCGCAAGGACGCACAUAAGGUAUAUAUGUUUUAUUAUUUAAAAGAAAUAUAACCAUGUGCUUAGAAACGAAUAACACGACAGUCACCAGCCGAGUGCCCAGAGUGCCAGCCAUCCCGGUUAUCAUGUUCAUAUUCGGCGUGGUUGGCAAUGUCAUCGCCAUCGUGGUACUUCGCAAGUCAAGAAAGGAGAAGAAAGAGACGACUUUCUACACUCUGGUGUGUGGGCUCGCGGUCACCGAUCUGCUCGGCACUCUCCUGGCGAGCCCCGUAACCAUUGCGACAUACGUGAAGGGCAAGUGGCCCGGUGGGGAGCCGCUGUGUCACUAUUCGUGCUUCAUCCUACUCUUCUUCUCCCUGGCCGGCCUCGGGAUCAUAUGUGCCAUGUCCGUAGAGAGGUACCUUGCGAUCAACCACGCGUACUUCUACAGCCAGUACGUGGACCAGCGACUCGCCAGUCUCACGCUGGUGGCCAUCUACUUAAUCAACAUUCUGUUCUGCGCUCUCCCGAGCAUGGGACUCCAGUCCCCAAUACUCCAGUACCCAAACACCUGGUGCUUCAUUGACUGGCAAACUAAUGACUCCAAACACGCCGUGUUCUCCUACAUGUACGCCGGCUCCAGCUCGUUGCUCAUCCUGGCUACAGUGAUCUGUAACCUGCUGGUUUGCGGGGCGCUGAUCAUGAUGCACAGGCGCUUUGUGCGGAGGACUUCUCUCGGUACUGACCAUGGGCGCAUCGCCGAGCUCCGGCGCAGGCGAAGUUUCGUGCGCCUGGCGGGUGCGGAGGUGCAGAUGGUAGUUCUACUCAUCGCGACAUCCAUAGUUGUUCUCAUCUGUUCCAUACCUUUAGUGGUGCGUGUAUUUGUGAACCAGCUCUAUCAUCCCCCAGUGGAAAAAUGCAUGGACAAAAACCUAGAUCUCCAAGCCAUCCGCAUCGCCUCCGUCAACCCCAUCCUCGACCCGUGGAUCUACAUCCUGCUCAGCAAGACCGUCCUGCUCAAGGUCCUGGAGAAGAUCAAAUGCCUGUUUUGCCGCAUUGGUGGCCGUGGGAACGGGCACAGGCACCCGCAGGAGUUCCGUUGCAUCGCUGGGGAGCGCACAUCCUCAGUGGUAUCCAGAGACUCCCCCUCGCUAGUCUCCCGGGAGCUGCGUGACGUCAUUAGCACCUCACAGACGUACCUGUGCCCGUCGGAUGGCGGAGUGUUUGUGGGGCUGGCUGGGGCGACGAGCCACCCCACAGUGGAGCGUCCGCUGCUCGGGGGAGAGAUGAAGUCGCUCAGCUGCCCCAGACAGGGGCAAGAGUGCAGGACGCCAGGCGGGGGUGUGGGUGGGGGUGUCGGUGAGACAGGCUCUCUCACUCAGACUGAAUGUGCACCAAUCUGCCCCAAACAGCCCCCCCUACAGGUGACUUUUACUGAUGAGACGCUCAACAGGCAGGAGAGGAGCAUUUGAGACGCUGUGUGUGUCUGUGUGUGUGUGUGUGUGGGUGGGGAGAGGGGUCCUGAAGGAUGUGGGAGGGCAUGCUCUGUGAGAACAAACAGAGAUCUGCUCAAGCGACAGUCAGCAGAAGAGGCAUGUGAUGUGGCUGAGUGAGAGAGAGUGGGAAAACCCUGAAUGUGGAGAAAAGACUGGACACUCUGCAGAGGCAAGAAAGAACGUCAGACAAACAUUGCAGGAAACCACAUCAAGAGCCACACACUCAGGUUCAUCGAAUGACUGAGAGAGAACGAGGAGUUCUAAAGUCGCAGAUGUGAAUUACAAAUUCACAAGAAAGAAAAUAAACAAGUCCUUGGCUGACUUAUGAGGCCGUUAUCUGGUCCUUAAGUCAGAAGUAUUAAGCUGUUGAGGUUUGCUGACUGAAGGUAACUUCAAAGUCCAGGCCAGAUCCAUGCAGGGGAUAAGAAAUCACAAUGAAUGAAGUUCGAUCUCACGUCAGAUUGUUGUUGUUAUGUUUAUUUCCUCUUGUGUUUUGUGGUUGAUUGUUUGUUUGUUUGUUUGUUUGGCUCAAGCCAAAGCGGUGAAGCGCUCUUCUAAUGAAUCAUUGGAGGCCUUGACUUAGAUUCAGCGGCAGUGGGAGCUGGAGGGUUUGUCAACCUGAAACUGUUGACCUGACAGCCUUUCACUAACAGUGACAUAUGCUAGGCCAGUGCUGAAAUCCCAAGGAGGACAAAGAAAGAGUGUUUGGAAAAGAAAGCACAUGUGAAAUGGCACAUUACAACACAUGCAAUUCAGACUUUUCCCAGAUACAGUGCAUCCAUGUUAGUACAACGCCUCCCAAUAGUCGAUGGAACACAGUACUGACACUGACCGGGUCAGCCAUGACGAUUACUGCACUUUUUAAUCUUUUUUCUCUUUGGGCCUUUGUGCUGAGCCAGUGCUACUUAUCAAGUCACCAGGUGUACUUAAUGUCCGUAAGAGAUAACCUGUACAUAGCCAUGUUGCUAAAAUGUGAAAAGUGUGUUGUGUAAAGGUCUUAUUUAUUUAUGAAUGUAAAAAAAUGUAUUCUCUGUGAGAAGGUCUGGUUAGUUGUGCCCAUUUCAGAAAGCUGUUAAGAAAUCAUUUGGAUAUCAUUAAGAAAGCGUUAUGUUACUCAGUCUUGCAUAGUUUGUGUCAUUCAAGUUAUGUCAUGUUACUCCACAGCAUUUGAAAUCACACUGGUUGUUCAUUAGAGUAUCGUGAACGUUAAAGAAAAAAAACACCCAAAAUAAAAAAUGGCAGAUAUUUCCACUGGGUAGGAAAAAAAGGGAUUGUAGUUGGCACGUAACCUAAUGUGUAACAGAGGUUACUGACCCAUUACAAGUGACUGAAGCCAUUUUGUUCUACUUUGUGGGUGUAACUGGUUAUUAAGUAAUUUGUUAUGCAGCGAUUGCUGCUUCACCAUUCUGCAUGUUGAUCACUUAAUCAUGUUGCAAUUUCUUGAAACUGAAUUAAAAUCGACACUUGUUUUUGGAGAAAAAUAAAGCUUGAUGAAGAAACA